CACAAAACAUAAAAGGAAAACAUUUUAAAUUUAGAUUCAUAUGGAUAAUUAUAUCACAAAGUUAUUCAAAAAAAAAAAAAAUUAUAUCACAAAACUUUGUGGUCAUCUGAAAAUGUAUGGUCAAUUGACCAUACCUUAUAUAUAUUGUACGAGUAUAUGCAUAAUUAAUGGUUAUAAACAUGGUUGAUGACCAAAUUUUUUUUGUGCAUUUAUAAAUAAACUAAUACAUUCUUUCGAAGUAAUAAGCAGAAAAGAAAAAAAAACAUAACAAGAAUUAGAUAAGCCGUGUUAGAAUCUAUAAUUAUAUUAUAUGAAGAUGAAUUUCUCAACAAUGUUGAUUGCAUUCACCCUCACCGUUCUCAUGGUGGUUUCUUCCGUUCAUUGCCAAACAAUUGAAACCGCCCCCGGCACAUUUGCACAGGACGAACCCUUGGAUACACUUUGCUUCAAUCCUUGCAGCGAUAAACUUGGCGACAAAGAGUGCAAAACCAUUUGUUUGAAUAAGGCAUACAAAGAUGGUUCUUGUAUUGGUUUUGGAAUCCCCCCUACUUCCAAGUAUUGUUGUUGUACAAAAUGAUUUGUUAUUCAUGAAGGUUUGAACUAAUAACAAUAUGAGAAUAAAAA